CUCAGCCCCAGAUGGACCUCCUUUCUAUCCUUUUCAUCUUAUUAAUGUUGUUUGAUAAAAGCCUCUUGAUGAUGUAUAAAACAUUUGGACUUCCAGGAAUAAAACCAAAAACAACAAAGAGAAGCAUUUAAGUGCCCUGACCUUCCAAAGAGCAGUCACAGUCUGGUUGGAGCAGGGAGGAAUGUAGGAAGUGUACGUGUUCAACACAAGAGGAGUCUCCAGGAAAGCACAAUUGUUAAAAGUUUUUGGGUUUUUUUAACUGUCAAGUCAAAAUGAAAGUGCAACGGACUUCCACAUGAGGGUGUGGUAUUUGAAGACAAAAUGCAAUGUGUCAGAGCAAUUCAGAUCACUUCACUGAGGCACAUCUCCACUGCAGAGCCUGCUACUCAUCUGCUGACAAAAGCUUUGCCACAGUCUGAGAUAUGAAUAACUCAACAGAUUACUGGAUUGAGGAUGAGGAGGAUGAUCUCAACCCUCUUAUAGACUACAAUACCUAUGAGCUUCUCUGCGAAAAAAGUGAUGUGAGAAAUUUCAGAAAAUUAUUCCUCCCAGUGUUCUAUGCGCUGGCUUUCACGGUUGGAGUGGCUGGAAACUCCUUAGUGGUUGCAAUUUACGCCUACUGCAAGAAACCCAAGACCAAGACAGACGUGUACAUCAUGCACCUCGCCAUCGCUGAUCUGCUCCUGCUCUUCACCCUCCCUUUUUGGGCUGCAAAUGCAGUGCAGGGAUGGGAACUUGGAAACCCAAUGUGCAAGCUCACUUCUUCUCUGUACACCAUGAAUUUCAGCUCCAGCAUGCUGUUCCUGGCCUGUAUCAGCGUGGAUAGAUACAGGGCCACUUCUGAAUCCCAGGGCCACAGAAGAGUUGCCAAACACUGCAGUGUUACCUGCAUCUGUGUCUGGCUGGCUGCCAUUUUCCUCAGUAUCCCUGCACUGAUAUUUAAUCAAGUCAGGAAACACAAUGAGAGGAACGAAUGCCUUCCUAUAUUUCCAAUGAACAUGGAAACAAUCUUAAAAUCAACCAUUCAAAUUCUGGAAAUUAUCCUGGAAUUUCUGCUUCCUUUCUUAGUAAUGCUGAUCUGCUAUUCCGCUACUGCUCGGGCAAUCUUUAGAUCUGCAAAUGUUAAGAAGUCCAGGCCUUUCAUGGUUCUGCUGGCAGUAGUGGCUACUUUCAUUGUCACCCAGCUACCCUACAACAUCAUGAAGCUGUGGCGAGCCAUAGACAUCAUCUACAUGUUGGUUACGGACUGCGACGCCAGCAAAACCAUGGAUGUGGCGCUCCAGGUCACCAAGAGCAUCGCUUUGUUCCACACCUGCCUCAACCCUCUCCUCUACAUCUUUCUGGGAGCCUCUUUCAAAAUGCACGUCAUGAAAAUUGCAAAAAAUUAUGGGUACUGGAGAAGACAACAGCAGAAUGGAAGAUCUGAAGAAAUUUCUAUGAAUUACGAAGACCCUACUGAAGAAACAAUCAGUUUCACUAUAUAGGCCUCCAUCACUUCCAUCAUCUUACAUAACCAAGGGAAUUGUUUACUCAUUCCAGAGGGUAUUGUUUCUGCAGCUGUUUCUCUGCAAGUCAACUUUCAAUGAAUUUCUGAACCUGCCAAGACACUACAGAGCACUUCAAAGUGGAACGUGUUUAUCGGAAUCAAGCAAGAAUACUGAAGCCCCUAGAAACAACCCAAGAUAUUUACUAAACAACAUCAUCAAAGAACUCGAAAAAAAAAAGAAAAAAGAACCUCGCUACAACAAAACCCAAACACCUAAAAACACCCCCAAGACUUAAAUUUUGCAAUGUCACAGUACUAGGCAAUUAAGUAACUGUGUAAUGAACAACCUGUACCCACCUAAGCAUGUAAUUGAAACUAAAAAACCUAUCAGCAAUCAAACAACAGGAACCUUUGUACCAGAAGUUAAUAAUCUUGUGUUUCUGCAACUAUUUUGUAAAACUUUAGAAUAUUUGCCUAACAGUCCAAUUCCAUUUCUAAACUGAACUAUUAUUCCACAGAUAUCCUUGCAGAUUGAAAUGAAGUAUAAGCUUAUGGCUGAGAACUGAGUGGGAGAAAGUGAGGGAAAAGCCAUUCUCUAUGUGCUUCUACAAAUGUAUACCAGCAAAAUCCUCCACAAAAAUACCCCAGCAACUCCUUUUCUAUAACUACAGAAAAAAUGACCUUUCAUCUCUUCUUUUCUGCUCACCCUAAACUUCAAAAAGACCAGUGCUCUAAGGGUGGCACAUUCUAGAUUUUUGUAAAUGUAAUAAAAAGUUCACUUAAUCUUCAAAUACAAGGCCUGGAUUUUCUAUUCAGAAUUUUUAAAAUUAAUCAAGCACUACAAUAACUGUAUCUGCUAAAAUAUACGGAGAUACAAUAAAUCAAAGAACAGAAAAACUGCA